AUGACAGAUCUCACGACGCAGUCUCUACAGAACUUGCAAAGCGAUGGCGAACGGAAGGUGAUGGAUAUUGUCGAUAAACUUCGUCGGCAAGGUUUGAACAGUAUAUUGGAGCUUCCUCAACUGGUAGUCUGCGGUGACCAGUCUUCUGGCAAAAGCUCCGUUCUGGAAGCCAUCACCGAGAUUCCGUUCCCGCGAAAAGAGAAUCUCUGCACACGAUUUGCCACGGAGAUUGUAUUACGACGCCAGUCCACCGAUAGAGUGUCUAUCACAAUCAGUCCAGGGGAUUUCCGCAACGAAGAAGAGAGGACUAAGUUGAUGGAGUUCACAAAGACUAUUGAAAGUCUCCACAUGAUACCUAAGAUCAUCGAGGAGGCAACGUUGGCAAUGGGGUUGGGGCCUGUGGGAACAUCUAAAUCGCGUGCAUUUUCGAGCGAUGUGCUCUGCGUUGAGAUCUGUGGCCCGAAUCGACCUCAACUUACCCUUGUCGAUCUACCUGGAUUGAUUCACGCAACCAACAAGGCACAGACUGCUAAAGACAAAGACGUAAUACAAAAAAUGGUACAGAAAUACAUGAGCAAUCCGCGCACGAUCAUUCUUGCCGUGGUUUCCGCCAAAAACGACUUUGCCAACCAGGUCAUUCUCGACCACUGCCAAAAGAUUGACAAGAAUGGCCGCCGGACUUUGGGUAUCAUCACUAAACCCGACUACCUUCGUCAAGGAUCCGAGAACGAAAAGAGCUGGAUCGACCUGGCUCUGAACAAAGACAUCUAUCUCGAACGAGGUUGGCAUAUUCUCAGAAAUCGUGCCGACAAUGAGAUGGAUUUCACUUUUGAGCAACGACACGAGAAAGAGGAGGCCUUUUUUAACACUGGCCGAUUUGUGGGUUUGCCACGCAACACUGUUGGCAUUGAUUCGUUACGUACACGAUUAAGCAAUCUUCUGCUUUCCGAUCUCAUCAAGGAGCUUCCCGCAUUGAAAGAAGAAAUGGACAAGAAGAUGCAAGAGACGAAGAAACAGCUUGAAAGUCUCGGGGAGAAGCGAGACACGAUGACAGAGCAGAGGGUACUGCUCACUAAAAUAAGCACCAAUAUCACUGCCAUACUGACAGCGGCGGUGAAUGGUCAUUACAGUAACGAAUUUUUUGACGCCGUAGAUACGAAAAGCAAGAUAGAUGCAGACGCCAACGUUCGCAGGUUGAGAGCUGUUAUUCAACAUCACAACAGCCGCUUCUCCGAGAUAAUGCGUAUCAGGGGUCACCGAUAUGAGAUCCAGCCCGUAGGGGGCCUUGAACAACCUGAAAAGAAGAGGAAUUUACCUGUACAUGACGAUAUCAAUGAGGACGCUGCUAAGCUGCCAAAUCCCAAGAGCUUGUCUCAUGAGCAUGCUAUUGCAUGGGUAAGGAGUGUUAUGGUCCGAUCCCGAGGCCACGAGCUACCAGGAACAUUCAAUCCGGAUAAGGAGAUCGCCAAUUUCCACAUCGAAGAUAUAGUACGGGUCUGCAGGACUUUCAUGCGGCAGGUCCUCCAAUACGCGGCUCCUGAGUUCAAGGAGCGUCUUGCAGUAGUGGCUGUCGACGACAUCCUCGAAAAAGCGUUAUUGCGGGCUCGCAAAGAGCUGGUACGGUUGAUCAAUGACAAGGCUCGUCAUCCCAUGACUUAUAACCCUCACUUUGUUACCACCAUCCAACAGAAUCGUCAUGACAACUACAAAAACCUCGUUUCACGAGCACAAGUAGAUACCACGAAGACAUAUACUCUUGGGCAGUACAAUGAACAGAGGCAACUCGUCGACCCGAUUGAAUUCAGCAAACAAAUGGACACGUUCAUCGAGCAGGACAUGGACAAGUUCGCCGCCGAAGAAGCCCUCAACAACCAAGAAGCCUAUUACAAGGAUGAACUGAAGUACUUUGUGCACGCAGUCACAAAGCAAGUGAUUGAACGCCACUUGAUCAACCCACUCCCUGAGAGCAUACUAUCUCCUCUCGUGGUUGCCAAGAUGACUGACAAUGAAGUGUCAUACAUUGCCGCCGAGUCUAAAGAGAGUAUUGCCCAGCGUACCCACCUGGAGGAAAAGAAGAGAAUGCUGGAGAAUGGGCUCGGACACUUCUAUGAGGUCAUGGGCGGAUUCAAGCGCUAGGAGUAUCGUUGCAUCUAGUCGGGCGACUUUCACAUUUCCUUACUUUGGUGUGAUUAUGGGCACUAUUUCGAGACUAUUUAACCGACAUCUACGGAGUGGGAUAUCUUUUCUGACAUUGGGGAAGAUUCGGAUGAGUAGAGUUUGGGUGCGGGGGAACGAUGCUGCUUCGUGGGUGGCAGUAUUGCACAAUAUGGCAUCCUCUAUUCUUUGCAUACAGUCACAUAGCUCCAUUCAUCAUAGGAAUUCUCUUUUAG